GAAGCUAUUUCUCGGUCCGGUCGGUCGCAAUAAUGUCGUCCACAGUAUGGCUCAUUUUCACUUUCACUCUGGUUCAGAUGAGUUUCCCCGUGUCAUCUACAUUCAUUGACGAAAACUGCGGAAAAGUAAAGGAAGAAAACUUAUUCCAAAACAUUACUACGAAGACUAUUAGAAAACUUAAGGAGGAAAACGAAUCCCAAAACAUUACUGAGAAAAUUGUAGGAGGCGAAAAGGCCAAAAUUCUCGAAAACCCAUGGAUGGUCGUCCUCUCCUGGAAUGGCGAAUUUGUCUGCGGUGGAACGCUUAUUAACAAUCGGUACGUUCUCACAGCAGCACAUUGCAUGGUCAACGGGACGGAACUCGUGGCGCGAUUGGGGGUGUACGAUCGAUCAAAGGAACUGCAGUGCUGGAACUUGAACCGAACGUGUCUCCGCAGUGUUGAAUACGCCGUUGAAGCCAUCCACAUUCCGGCUUCCUAUAAAAAACGCAGCCUCGGCGAUGACAUCGGCUUGCUGCGGUUGGACCGCAUGGUGGUCUAUAUGGAUCACAUAAGACCUAUUUGCAUUCUGGCGGAUAACCGGAAAAAAACACUCUUGGAUGCUAUUUCGCAGUUCAAGGCAUCUGGAUGGGGAGACAAUGGGGUGGACACAAAAACCGAUUUACUCUUGCAGGUGGACCUCCUUCGGACAGACUGGGCCAUUUGUAGCAAGAUUUUCUGGGGGGACAACCAAACCAUCGACAACGAAAAAGAAAACACUAAGAUUUGUGGCGUUGGCAAAAUGAGCGCCAACGGCCGGGGCGACUCAUGUAAUGGGGAUUCCGGUGGGCCUAUUGGUACGCACAUUUGGAUUAAUGGCGGAACACGCUACACCCAGCUAGGGGUUGUCAGCUACGGCACAAGUGACUGUUCCGGAAAAGGUGUCUAUACGAAUGUUAUGCACUACGCCAAUUGGAUAAAGAAAACUGUAGACGAGGCGGACAUAAAGGUUCUCCUUCCAAAGAAGGAUCUGCUGGACGAGGCGUGCUACGACAACUUCAUCCGAUCCGACCCCUAUCCGUGGCUAGCCACGGUCUAUCUGUAUCGGUUUGUGCUGUCCUACGGAGCGCUUAUAUCCAAGAAAUUCGUCAUGACCACCGCCACGUUCCUACCUGACAGCGCACCCUUGGAGGUGGGCUUCGCCGAGGGAGCCACCUACCACGUCAAAGCCGUCAAUAAGCACCCCGACUUUAAAGACCUGGCCGCGGAUGACAUUGCCCUGCUGGAACUGGCUGAUUUUGUCCAGUACGCAGCGCACAUAAGUCCGAUAUGCCUGCCCUCGACCACUGCUGAAGCAGAGGUUUUCCGGAAGAAGAACAGAAGGCUGCUGAAGGCCACUGCUGUCAACAGCGACUUCUCCAGCAAUGUCGAGAUGCCGACGCACAGUCAGUGCGUCCGAUAUGCCAACGUUUCAAGUAAUCAAAUCUGCACGAGAGUCGAGUUUCUGGGGCUGAGCAGCGGCAGCCCCUUGGUAACCACCAUCGUGACUGGAUCCCAAAUGGGGCAUUCGCUGGUGGGGUUGGCCAGCUACGAGGGCGAAGACGGCAAUCUGACUGUAUACACGAGUGUCGACAGUUACAUGCCUUGGAUCCUAGGUUUAGUGAACAAAACCGCGUAAAAACCAAUAAAACUGAAAAAGCAGUAUGAAAGUGAA